UUACUUCCCAACUAUAAAACCGAAACCUGCGCCUUCAUUCCUUCACUACACACCCACACACAGACACACUGUCUUCUUUCAGCUCUCAUUCGAUCGGUUUCUUGUUGUGAAAAAAGCUUCUUCAUAGUGAUCCCACCAGACUCAGAAAGAGAGAAGGAAAAUGACUGCGUACGAGGACGCCAUUGCUGGCCUGCAGAAGCUUCUCAGUGAGAAAAGUGGGCUCGGGGAGGUUGCCGCCGCCAAGGUGAAGCAGUUGACGGCGGAAUUGGAGGCCACCGAUGAGUCGGCUUUUGACCCGGUUCAGAGGAUCCGAACGGGGUUCGAGCAUUUUAAGAAAGAGAAUUACGACAAAAAUCCUUCAUUGUAUGAGCAACUAGCCAAAGGACAGAGCCCCAAGUUUUUGGUAUUUGCUUGUUCGGAUUCCCGGGUAUGCCCUUCCCACGUUCUGAAUUUCCAACCGGGGGAGGCCUUUAUGGUCCGGAACAUCGCUAGCAUGGUUCCGCCAUAUGACCGGAAGAAAUAUUCCGGGAUGGGGGCUGCAAUCGAAUAUGCUGUACUUCAUCUUAAGGUGGAGAAUAUAUUAGUGAUUGGGCACAGCUGUUGUGGAGGGAUCAAAGGCCUCAUGUCCAUUCCUGAGGAUGGGACCACCAGCAGUGAUUUCAUUGAGGAAUGGGUCAACAUCUGUAAGACUGCUAAGGCUAAGGUUCGGACAGAAUGCAGCAACAUGGAUUUCAGUGAACAGUGCAAUCAUCUGGAGAAGGAGGCCGUGAAUGUUUCGCUAGGGAAUCUGUUGACCUAUCCGUUUGUGAGGGACGCUGUCGUAAAGAAAACGUUAUCGUUGAAGGGGGGACACUAUGAUUUUGUGAAGGGCAGUUUCGAGCUUUGGAAUCUCGACUGCAACGUCUCUCCUUGUGUUUCAGUCUGAGGUUUAGUUAGAGUUGUUAUGAUAGAUAUUGAUGAUCUAUGAUUCACUGAUGUAAAUGUCAUGACGAGCAAAUUAAUGUUUUUAGGCAAAAAUAAGGUUGGUUUGUGUGUUGGCAAAAAUAAGGUUUUCUUGGCCGCUGCGGAGGGUGUUAGGCCGAGUUGUUGCUUGUUUUUUUCUAGCAAUUCCUGCACUUAAUGUUUUGGUCCUAAUAACCGUGUAUACUCCCAUCGAAAUGGAUGGCUAAGGUUUUCGUACGUUUCCACCAAAACUACGACAAAGUUUUCAUUUUCCAUGUUAUAAAAACUGCUUUUCUUAA